AUGUCAAUUCAGUUCAAAUUUAGGAGCUGUUUAAACUUUGAUUCUGUUGAUAUAGAUGGUAAGCCGUCUAUACCGUUGUGGGAGUUGAGGUUGAAGAUCAUGCGCCAUAAAAAGCUCAGCAUUUGUCAAGACUUUGUUCUCAUUUUCUCUGAUGCCCUUUCUGGGGAAGAGUAUAAUGACGAAAAUUUACAGAUUGCGAGUGGGUCAAGUGUAAUUGUCAAGAGAGUUCCAGCUGGAACGAUGCCUUCAGCUGCUAAGCCGCCAAUUGGUACCAUGAAGGAUUUAGGGCUGAAAGAUGUUGAUCCUGUUAAUUAUUUGGUUGGGCAAGCCAAUGUGUUAGAUGACUUGGCAAUGACAUUUUUCCAGUGA